UACUACCAUGGGGCCAAGAUGAUUAGCUGGGUGAGGAGAUAUGGCCAUGCCUGAUAGUGACAAGACUGCUGCUGAUGGAUCAGCUGGAGAGAGGAAGGUGUCUGGGGCAGAGGGAACGGACCCGGCCCGUACUGAGGAUGAGUCUGUGAGUAAUGAGGACCUGCCAAUCGUGGAGAUCCCCACCACCUUCAACAUCAGCCCCCUCAGCAGCCAGACCAGCGGCCCCUUCUCGCAGGACCUCCAGGACCCCCAUGUACCCACCGCUCCGCCCCAGGAGCCCCCUGCCCCCAUCCCAAAGAGCCAGGGCCAGCUCACCCCACCCAGCUACCACCCUUCCAUGCGCUUCAUCAAGGUCCAGCCCUUCAUGCACGGUGAUGACUUGGUAGAGACUAAGACGCUAUGCAGCCGGCUCCUGGCACACUGGCUGCUGCUGGUGAUUGUUGCGUGUGGUCUACUGGCCAUGAGUCUAGCCCUAGGCAUUGGGCUUGGAGUGGGAGUCAGCUGCACGGGGAAGUUCCACUGUAGCACAUCCACUGUGUGUUUUGCCAGAUCUGCGCAGUGUGAUGGCGUCAGCGACUGCGCAGAUGGGGAGGACGAACUGCAAUGUGUGCGUCUGAGUGGGAGGAGCUCUGUGCUGCAGGUCAACAGUAGGGGUGUAUGGAGGACCGUGUGCUCCGCCAACUGGGAUCACACACUGGGUUAUUCUGCCUGCAAACAGCUGGGAUACUCCAGCUACAUCAGUUCCAGCUCCAUGCCCCUCUCAUCCGUCGAGUCGGCCUUCCAGGCUAACCUGGUAUCAGUCAAUCUGAGUCAACCAGAUCGCCAGCAGACUGUCAAGAUCCACAACACCACCUUCCUCAGUAAGACCCAGUGCAGCUCUGAGAGUGUGACCGUACUCAAAUGCCUAGAGUGUGGCUCCAGGCCCAUGUUCAGGUCUCGUAUUGUGGGAGGGAACGUCUCCAAACCAGGCCAUUUUCCCUGGCAGGCCAGCCUGCACUAUCAGAACCAACACCUCUGUGGGGGCUCCAUCAUCACAUCACGCUGGAUAGUGACAGCAGCACACUGUGUCUACGGGUGA